AUGUUUUUGAAUUCCUACCGUGUUUGUGGUUUACAGCAAUACAAAAAUCUAAUCGUAACAUGUUUCGAUAAGGCUUGCUACAAACGGCUAAAAGUUAGUGCAGAAAGUGAUAAGUUGGUAGAUACUUCAACUGCAUCAUCCUAUGGAUCUCGUGCAUUUCGAAACAAAGUUCAUUGGAAACUCAUAAUGUUGCAACAAGCUGUAAACCAAAACGUUCGAGUUCUUUAUAUGGAUUCGGAUAAUAUUCUGUUCAAAGACCCUUUUCCUGUGUUAAAUUCCUAUAAUGGGUAUGAUUUUAUUGCUCAAAGGGAUGUUGAUAUAUGUACAGGUUUUAUAUAUCUUAUGCCUACCCUAAUGACAAAACAAUUAUUGGCAAAAACUAUUGAAAUAAGACCUAAACUGUUAAAUGCUGAUGACCAAAAGGCUUUUAAUAUGGUUGUUCAAAACAAUACUUCAGUUAAACUUCUUUUUUUGCCAGAUCAUUUGUUUUCUUCUGGAGCAGUGUUUUUUAAAAAGCAUUCAUACUAUUGGGACAAAAUCAGGGAAACUCAAAUUAUGAUGCACGAUAAUUUUGUUAUUGGGAUAAAAAACAAAAUAUACCGAUUAAAAGAAUUGAAGCUCUACAAAUUAGAUGUAGAUGGGGAAUAUAGUAACCCAGAUGCAAAGUAUCUGACAAUAGAGAAAUGCAAUACAUUAAAUGAAUUAUCACUUGCUGUUGUACUGGCAAACAGAUUGAAUCGAUCUCUCAUUAUUCCUCCUUUUAAAUGUGCAAAAACCAGAAAGUUUUGUACACUGUGCCAAUUCAAUCCAACGCAUUGUGGGCAUCAUAUUCUCAAGAAUGCACGUUUACCUUAUAAGGAAUCAGUUUUCUUCACAAAUGAGCUGGUUCCCAAACACAUAAAAAUAGCAGAUCAAACUGAAAAUGUCAUAUCCUUCUCACAGAAUUGUACAAAUAACGAACUACUACAUAGUGACUUUCCUCCUAGAGCUAAUAAUACUAAUCAUAUUGAAUGCCAAAAAUGUUCCAUGAAAGUGAUUGAUUGUGCCUAUAACUAUUUUCGCAAUAAGAAGACUUCUGUUGCCAAGUUACAUUCAUUUAUAUAA